AUGGCAGUUUCUCAAAUAAAACAAGAUGAUAAUAUACAUCAUUUAUACAAAGAAGGUUUUGAUAAUCUUCUUAAUGGAUUUGAUGAAUUUAUAAUGGAAAAUGAUGUGAUUUAUAACAAUGAAUUUGGAUAUUUUAAAAUAUAUUCAACUGUAGCUAUUGAAUCAACUGAUAUCAUUCGAACAACAGAAAGUUUCUAUGGGAAUGAUUGGUUUAGUGAUAUAGUAGUAUUUUCUUCUGAAAAAACUGAAAAAACUGAAAAAACUAGUAUGUGGUAUGGAAAGGCACUUUUAUUAUUAGAAUUCUUUCCACAAGAUUUAUCAGAACCAAUAAAUCUUGUUUUAGUGCGAUGGUAUAAUGAAAUAGAUGAAGUAUAUGGAUGCCCAAGAUUACAGCUAACUGAUCAAUAUACAUGCAUUUAUCUAGAUUCAGUAGAUAUGUCAGUCCAUAUUGUACCGAGAAAUAAUUGUGAAGAUGAGUAUUUUGUUAAUAGAUAUGUUUUUUAAAAAAUCAAUAUUAAUGAACCAGAACCAAGAUUAAACAAUAUAAAUAAUUAGUAUUAAUCUUGGUGGAAUAAUUAUCAAUACUUAUUAAAUUAUUAGUGUUUAUCAUAUUGGUAAUUAUUAAUAUCGUAGUUUAUCAAAAAUUAUUGUAUAUGUUCUAUGUAAGCACUGGACAUUUUUCAUGUAUGUUAUUGAUCACUUUAUAAUAGUGAUACA